UGGAAAUAGAAACACAAAAUAGUCCACAAAAACAGUAAAGACAGAGCACAUAAAUCAAACAGUCCUGCUCUUGCAUGCAUGAAUCACUCGCUAACUGGAUCAUCUAUGGUGCUGACGUGUCAUCUACUCUGUUUCGCUAACUGCUUUCUCUCUCACCAUUCAAGAUUCAACUAGACCUUUUCAUCUGUCCACAUAACAACUUCCUAGGGUUUCUCUGUUUCUCUCCCUAAUUUUAAACUACACAAAAUCCUUUCGAGCAAGUGAACAAUUUUAAUUUUUCGAUACAUUUCGCUUGCAUUCUUUUGCUUCCACUCCAGUUUUUCAUGGCAAAAACUAAACCUGGCAAAAAGGACCUCGAUUCUUAUUCUAUCAAAGGCACCAACAAAAUUGUUAGACGUGUGUAUAUUCUCUUUCUCUCAAGAACCCAGAUUUUUAAUUUGAGUCUCCACUACAUAAACCCUAAAUUUAUCCUCUUUCUAUGCAAUUCUACGAACCCAGAUUAUUUUAAUAGCUGGUGAUUGUGUGUUGAUGAGACCAUCGGAUUCUGAUAAGCCUCCAUACGUGGCACGCGUUGACAAGAUCGAGGCCGAUCAUCGGAAUAACGUCAAAGUUCGUGUUAGGUGGUAUUAUAGGCCUGAAGAAUCGAUCGGAGGGCGGAGACAGUUUCAUGGAGCCAAAGAGUUGUUUUUAUCUGACCACUAUGAUGUACAAAGUGCCCACACAAUUGAAGGAAAAUGUAUAGUGCACUCUUUCAAGAACUACACUAAGCUUGAGAAUGUUGGUGCAGAGGAUUAUUUUUGUAGGUUUGAAUAUAAGGCUGCCACCGGAGCGUUCACUCCAGACCGUGUUGCCGUGUAUUGCAAGUGUGAGAUGCCUUAUAACCCGGAUGACCUGAUGGUGCAGUGUGAGGGGUGCAAGGAUUGGUUUCAUCCUUCAUGUAUGGGCAUGACCAUUGAAGAAGCAAAAAAAUUGGAUCAGUUUCUGUGCUCUGAUUGUACAUCGGGUGAUGAUGCCAAAAGAUCUUUGAAUGCGUUCCCAGUAUCCCCAUCUGUGGAGGCUAAGGUGGAGACAAAGCGCAGAAAAAGGUGAUCAAGUGAUCAUGGUGCACUAUGAGGAGGUACUGAUUUUGUUGCACAUUAGCUCCAGCAUUGCUAUCAUUCUCAUCUUUGUGUUGUGGAAUUAUACAGUGCAGAGAAGAUACUGUGCUUGCACAAACAAGAGGCUUUUCAAGUUUACCAUGUCUCAAAGUUUGUAUGCGUGCUAGACUUUAGAGAUGACUUUUUUGUUAUGUGAUGCCUUGGUGAUUAGAAUCUGUGCAUAAUAGUGCCCUUGUCUAUCUUAAAAAGUGAACCUAUGAGUCCAUGACAGCACAUUAAAACUAGGAGAAGCUAUGGACUUGUUUUGAUGUGCUUGUUCUAGCAUAAUUUCUGCAAAUAAUGUGAUAAUGGCUCUACUUUUUUGAUCUUGAAAACACCCCAGCAUUGGCAGGAAGGUCCCAAGAUUAACGUUGCAGCUUAUGUCAAGUGCUUUGUCAGUGGAUUAAGAUAUAUAUAUGUACAGCUUUGUACAUAUUUUUACCUGUAGGAAUAGGCAUAAAUGUGUAAUAUAGAGUAAACCAACCGCUUGACUUGCCAAUUGAUCAUAUGCUGGAAUGGCUCAGCGUGAUGAAGCAGUGGAUGACAUUCAGUUAAUUUUGAUGGGUUUGCUUAAUCCUCUACCCAGUUUCAGUUUGUAAUAAGCACCAACUGUUAAACGGGGGCUGUGCUCAAGAGUCGGGUAUGGCUUUGUCACAAGUGUUCAUUCAUAUACUUUAUCAUGUGUUAAUGGAGUUUUCAUUUCCAGGGGAAA